AUGCUGGGAUUGCACGCGCAGGUCCCCCGGCUGCACCACAUCAUGACUGCCCUGCCCGAGCUCAAGAUGCGGCCGGCGGCGGAGAGCACCUGGUUUCUGCUGAUGCAGAACUGGCAGAUGCCGGAGGACAUGGGCACUGUGCAGCAGUACGUCGACCGCGUUCGCGACCGGGACAGCUUCCGCCGAUCCACAACGCCCUCCCAAGACAUUGUCGACCACUGGCGCGACCACCAGGACAGGAACAAAAAGAAGUACAGGAAGAGCCACGACGGCCGCAAGAAGCGCACCCACGUGCCCGUCACAUGA